AGAGAGUAAUUCAAGACUGAGUUAAUCCUGAGAUCCAAAAUGCCGCCAAAAAGAUCGACCAGGAAACAGAAUGCAGGGCGAAGAAGGGGAGCUGUUAAUCCUGCUGCAACCACUACAUCGAAUGAUGAAACAGUGACAGCACCUGACAGACAACAAUCGGCAACCAAUACAUCCAAUGAAAUCAAAAUGCUGCCAAUAAGCAUGAGAACCAUCAGGAAACGGAAUCCAAGGAAAAUAGGGAGAAAUUUUCCAGGAGCACCUAACAGACGACUCCUUCCAGCUUCAACCACCACAUCCAAUGGUGAAACAGCGAUAGCACCUAACAGACAACACCAUCCAUCAGCAACCACUACAUCCAAUGGUGAAACAGCGAUAGCACCUAACAGACAACACAAUCAAUCAGCAAUUACUACAUCCAAUGGUGAAACAGCGAUAGCACCUAACAGACAACACCAUCCAUCAGCAACCACCACAUCCAAUGGUGAAACAGCGAUAGCACCUAACAGACAACACCAUCAAUCAGCAACCUCUACAUCCAAUGGUAUGGUACCUGUUGAAGGUCACAAUACUUUGCUAGAUAUAGCAGGUGUUGUAGAAGAAUUUUGGCCAGAAGACAGUCUGCUGUGUAAUAUCACGGUAGAAGAAAUCGAAGCUCUAGAGAAGGAAGACCUCUUCAUAGCAGAUGGAGGAAGUACUUCGGUACCGGUAAGUGCUGAACCAGCUAUAGAGAAGGAAGACCUCUUCAUAGCAGAUGGAGGAAGUACUUCGGUACCAAUAAGUGCUGAACCAGCUCCUUCAUGCCCAAUGAAUUCCUUCUACCCUAAAGAUGUAGCCAUAUCCGGAUUGAUCUCGGAGUAUCUCCUAUCACCUACAGAAAAUUACUUCCAGGAAGCACAUCGUACCCUAAUGGAAUAUUACGCUGAAAACCAUGAUGUGUUACUGAAUGAUAUCAUGGAGUUAUACUGCCCGGAUGCAGAAUAAUAGUUUUGAGGUAGC